AUGCUCGGAGGAGGUGACAAGAUCCCGAGUGUGGGCACCCUCGACAAGCCCGAGAACCUCGACCAGCUCCUGCGCGAGGACCGUGGCGAUGAUUGCACAUCGUGCAGAGUAGUUGGAGGCGGCGCAUUCCUCGGUCUUGCAGCAUACAACUACCUCACAGGCAUGGGCCACCUCGAACGGCAACGUGCGGCGAUCCUCAAAUCCGGCUCAAUGUUCGGCAUGAGAAGCCGCAAGCUGGGCGUUGCCAGCAUCUCGAUGGGCCUGGCCUACCUCGGACUGUGGAGGUUGUUCCGGUAA